AUUUGGGCCUCAACUCACUCUGCCUUUCGUUUCCCACCACCUGCGAUUUUUGGCAGCAAACGGUGGCGCCAUGCUCCCCUCCCCUGUCCUGGGAAAUGGUAGAUCUGGACACCGAGAUCGUUUCCUUUGACGACCGCCGCUCUCUCUCUCUCUAUCCACAGCCGUGGAAGCCGAGAUUAGUUACGCGAGCGUCGGCGGCGGUGGAAGAGGUGAUGGACGAGAGGAGGCGACGACAGCGUCGGCUCUUCACCUUCUCCCCUUCACCGGGGCCGCGCAGCAGCAUUACGUCUCCCAACUCCUUUCUUUCACUCUCGAUCGCCUUCACAAGGAGCCGGAACUUUUGCGCGUCGAUGCGGAGCGCAUCCGGAGGCAGAUGCAAGAGGUGGCAGUCGGGAAUUACCGUGCCUUCAUCGCUGCGGUGGAUACUGUUUCCUUCAUCAAGGAGCAACUCUCCGGCUUCGACAAGCACCUUGAUUCCUUGAUAACAGGGAUCCCUAAUCUUACAGCUGGUUGUACUGAGUUUAUUGAAUCUGCUCAGAAAAUUUUGGAGGAAAGGAAGCUCAAUCAGAUAUUACUGGACAAUCACAGUACUCUGCUUGAUUUGCUUGAAAUUCCUCAGCUAAUGGAUACAUGUAUAAGCAGAUGUAUAAGGAAUGGUAAUUAUGAUGAGGCACUUGACCUAGAAGCUUUUGUCAACAAGUUAUCAAAAAUGCAUACUGAGUAAGUCUUUUCUGAUGAUUAAGGAACAGGUCCUUCUAUUAUUUGAUUUGGGAAUAGUCCAACCAAUAUUCUUUUAGCUAUAGAUUCCAUGAUGAUAGCUAGCAUUUGAUAUUUGGAAUCGAGGUUGCCUAUCAUUCAGGCAUUGGCAUCAGAAGUCAGGAAGACAACACAAUCUCUGCUAUCUCAGCUUCUCCAGAAACUUCGAUCAAAUAUUCAGUUGCCUGAAUGCCUUCGCAUUGUUGCUCACAUGCGACGAAUAGGAGUAUUUUCUGAAUUUGAGUUGCGUUUACAGUUUUUGAGGUGCCGAGAGACAUGGCUUUCAGGCAUUCUUGAUGACUUAGACCAGAGAAAUGCCUAUGAGUAUUUGAAAGGAAUGGUUAAUUGCCACAGGAUGCAUCUAUUUGAUGUUGUUAACCAAUACCGAGCUAUAUUUAACAAUGAUAAAUCUGGGAGUGAGGAAAACUAUGAUGGUAGGCUUCUAUUUAGCUGGGCUAUGCAUCAAAUGAAGAGUCACCUAAGUGCUCUUGAAGCCAUGCUUCCCAAAAUUACUGAAAGCGGAUCACUGUCAAAUAUCCUUGAUCAAUGCAUGUAUUGUGCAAUGGGUCUUGGCUUGGUUGGGCUUGAUUUCAGAGGCUUACUUCCUUCACUUUUCGAAAGUGCAGUUAUAAACUUAUUCUCAAAGAAUAUGAGUAUCGCAGUUGAGAAUUUUCAGAUUGUCUUAGAUUUGCACCGUUGGGUUCCUUUGCCGUCUGUUGGCUUUGUAACUAAUGGAACAACGGAAGAAAGCAAGGAUGAUGUAGCGCCGCCAUCUGUCCUGAUGGAGCAUCCACCUAUUGCUGUGUUUGUUAAUGGUGUUUCUGCUGCUAUGAAUGAAUUACGACCAUGUGCUCCUGUGAGCUUGAAGAACAUUCUGGCUCAAGAGGUUGUGAAGGGUCUACAGGUAGUUUCCGACUCCCUCGUGAGAUACAAUGCCCUGCGAGUGCUCCGAGGAAACGAGUCUACCCUCUUCCUGUCACUGUGUCGAGCUUUCAUUGAGGUAGCUCACCCGUUUUGUGCCACUUGCUUCGGUCGCUGCUACCCAAAUGGAGCAAAUCUGAUCAGGGAACAAAGAAACUUGUUCGAUGGUGUCUGCCAGCUGUUCGCGAUCCCACCUUCGAAGGGGCUAAAAGAUUCUUUGGAGAGUCAAGAAGAGAAGCAUCAAGCGGAUGCCAGUGGUGCUCAGAAUGGGGCUCCAUCCAAUAGUGAUGAAGAACCGGGGAUUUAUGGUCGUACUGACCCAAGCGGCAGUGUAGUAGUGCCAACAAAUGCAGCAAGUGGAAAUUAAGUCAAUAACUGAUGUGUUUAUUAGCACAUGGAUUAAUGUAGGUCAUGUGAUUAAAUGAGGGUGCCAUAACCCUCGUCAUCCUUCCUGUUUCGGUACAAGAUUAUCUACAUCUGACGGUUGACGACAACAACUUUUAGCGCGUCUACUGAAGGCUUCAGAUGGCAUACACCAGCAAAUUCUCAUGCAUUUUUCCCUUUUGACCACAUGUAUUCAUAGUAUUGUUCCCUUCUCCCUUCUCGUGUGUAUUCAGGCAUUCUUCAGUGGAGAUUAAAUAUCAUAUCCCAGUUUGCUUC